AGAGAGUGGGUCAGCUGCUUUAAUUCAAGAUUGAAUGACCCGAGAGACACAGAGCUGUCCCUAACUUUCCUCUUCACUUCCUGGAAGGCGCCUUGCCUUCCCAACUUCUUAGUUGCACAAUCUCCUCAUUUACUCACUAUCCUGAAGAGAAAUCAACCCCUCUAAACUGUCUUUGUACUUUUGAGAUAGAAACCCACAAUGGCUUCCACAAGCUCCUUCAGAGCCUCUUCUUCUUCUUCUACUCCUUCCAUCCCUCGAACAAGUACUUAUGAUGUUUUCUUGAGUUUUAGAGGCGCAGACACCCGCUCUAAUUUCACUGAUCACCUCUACAGUGCUUUGGGUAGGAGAGGGAUUCGCACCUUCAGAGACGAUAAACUCAGGGAAGGAGAAGCGAUUGGUCCAGAACUCUUGACAGCCAUCGAAGAAUCAAGGUCUUCCGUAAUUGUUUUCUCUGAAAACUAUGCUCAUUCGACAUGGUGUUUGGAUGAGUUGGUAAAGAUCAUGGAGCGCCACAAAGAUCGGGGACAUGCUGUUUUCCCAAUUUUCUAUCACGUGGAUCCAUCCCAUGUACGAAGGAAAACAGAAAGUUUUGGAAAGGCCUUUGCCGGUUAUGAAGGAAACUGGAAGGACAAGAUACCACGGUGGAAGACGGCCUUGACGGAAGCAGCCAAUCUUUCUGGAUGGCAUCAACGGGAUGGGUCUGAGUCCAAUAAAAUUAAAGAAAUAACUGAUAUCAUAUUCCAUCGAUUGAAAUGUAAGAGGCUUGAUGUUGGUGCCAAUUUAGUUGGUAUAGAUUCCCAUGUAAAAGAGAUGAUUUUGCGGUUGCAUAUGGAAUCAAGUGAUGUUCGUAUUGUUGGGAUAUACGGAGUUGGGGGGAUGGGUAAGACUACCAUCGCAAAAGUUAUAUAUAAUGAACUUUCUUGUGAAUUUGAAUGUAUGAGCUUUCUUGAAAAUAUUAGGGAGGUUUCCAAUCCCCAAGUUUUAUAUCACUUACAAAAUCAACUUCUUGGUGAUAUCCUAGAGGGAGAGGGGAGUCAAAAUAUAAAUAGUGUUGCCCACAAAGCAAGUAUGAUAAAGGACAUUCUCUCAUCUAAAAAAGUUUUUAUGGUUCUUGAUGAUGUUGAUGAUCCAAGUCAAUUAGAAAAUUUACUUGGACAUCGUGAAUGGCUUGGAGAAGGAAGUAAAGUCAUCAUAACAACUAGAGAUAAACAUGUGUUAGCUGUACAAGAAGUGGAUGUCUUAUAUGAGGUUAAGGGAUUGAAUUUUAAAGAAGCUCAUGAACUUUUCAGUUUGUAUGCCUUUAAACAAAAUCUUCCCCAAUCAAACUAUAGAGACCUCUCACAUCGUGUUGUAGGCUAUUGUCAAGGGCUUCCAUUAGCUCUAAAAGUUCUAGGUUCUCUCUUAUUCAAGAAGACAAUACCUCAAUGGGAAAGUGAAUUGGAUAAAUUGGACAAAGAACCUGAGAUGAAAAUUCACAAUGUGCUUAAACGAAGCUAUGAUGGAUUAGAUCGUACAGAAAAAAAAAUAUUUCUUGAUGUUGCAUGUUUUUUUAAAGGUGAAGAAGAUAGGGAUUUUGUGUCAAGAAUAUUGGAUGGUUGUCAUUUCCAUGCGGAAAGAGGAAUAAGAAAUCUAAAUGAUCGGUGUCUUAUAACUCUUCCAUACAACCAAAUACAUAUGCAUGAUUUGAUACGACAGACGGGUUGGGAAAUUGUUCGUGAAAAAUUUCCUAAUGAGCCAAACAAAUGGAGCAGAUUGUGGGAUACCCAGGAUAUUCAACGGGCACUUAGAACAUAUGAGGGAAUAGAAGGAGUUGAAACAAUAGACUUGAACUUGUCUGAUUUUGAAAGAGUAUGCUUCAAUUCAAAUGUUUUCUCAAAGAUGACUAAUCUUCGAUUGCUCAGAGUUCAUUCAGAUGACUAUUUCGAUCCUUAUUCUCAUGAUGAUAUGGAGGAGGAGGAGGACGAGGAGGACGAGGAGGAGGAGGAGGAGAAGGAGAAGGUAGAUCGUUAUUGUGAAGAAAUGAUUGAUUCUGUAAUGAAAACUGCUUCUAAAAUGCACCUUGACCCGGAUUUUGAAAUCCCUUCUUUUGAGUUAAGUUAUCUUUGUUGGGAUGGGUAUCCUUUAGGUUUUUUAUCAUCAAAUUUUAAUGGAAAGAACCUUGUUGAACUUCACUUGAAGUGUAGCAACAUAAAACAACUAUGGCAAGGGAAGAAGGAUCUUCAAAGUUUAAAGGUCAUUGAUCUAAGUCACUCAAACAAGCUCGUUCAAAUGCCAGAAUUCUCAAGCAUGCCAAAUUUGGAAGAACUAAUUCUUAAAGGUUGUGUAAGCUUGAUCAAUAUUGACCCAUCUGUUGGAGAUCUCAAGAAGCUUACUACCUUAGAUUUAAGGGGGUGUGUUAAGCUUAAGGGUUUACCAAGUAGCAUUAGCAACUUGGAAGCUCUUGAAUGUCUUGAUCUUACUAGGUGCUCAAGCUUUGACAAGUUUGCAGAAAUUCAAGGAAUUCAAGGAAAUAUGAGUAGUUUAACGCAUCUAUAUUUGCGCAAGACUGCUAUUAGAGAACUUCCAAGUAGCAUUGACUUAGAAUCUGUUGAGAUUCUUGAUCUCUCUGAUUGUUCUAAGUUUGAGAAAUUUCCAGAGAACGGAGCAAACAUGAAAAGUUUAAAUGAUCUUCGUUUAGAGAAUACUGCUAUUAAAGAACUCCCAACAGGUAUUGCCAACUGGGAAUCUCUUGAGAUUCUUGAUCUCUCUUAUUGCUCAAAGUUUGAGAAAUUUCCAGAGAAGGGAGGGAACAUGAAAAGUUUAAAGAAGCUUCGUUUUAAUGGUACUUCUAUUAAGGAUCUGCCUGAUAGCAUUGGAGACUUGGAAUCUCUUGAGAUUCUUGAUCUCUCUUAUUGCUCAAAGUUUGAGAAAUUUCCAGAGAAGGGAGGGAACAUGAAAAGUUUAAAGAAGCUUCGUUUUAAUGGUACUUCUAUUAAGGAUCUGCCUGAUAGCAUUGGAGACUUGGAAUCUCUUGAGAUUCUUGAUCUCUCUUAUUGCUCAAAGUUUGAGAAAUUUCCAGAGAAGGGAGGGAACAUGAAAAGUUUAAAGCAGCUUCGUUUUAAUGGUACUUCUAUUAAGGAUCUGUCUGAUAGCAUUGGAGACUUGGAAUCUCUUGAGAUUCUUGAUCUCUCUAAGUGCUCAAAGUUUGAGAAAUUUCCGGAGAAGGGAGGGAACAUGAAAAGUUUAAUGAAGCUUCAUUUAGAAAAUACUGCUAUUAAGGAUCUGCCGGAUAGCAUUGGAGACUUGGAAUCUCUUGAGAUUCUUGAUCUCUCUAAGUGCUUAAAGUUUGAGAAAUUUCCGGAGAAGGGAGGGAACAUGAAAAGUUUAAAGAAGCUUUCUUUAAUAAAUACUGCUAUUAAGGAUCUGCCGGAUAGCGUUGGAGACUUAGAAUCUCUUGAGAUUCUUCAUCUCUCUGAGUGCUCAAAGUUUGAGAAAUUUCCGGAGAAGGGAGGGAACAUGAAAAGUUUAAAGGAGCUUUAUUUAAGAAAUACUGCUAUUAAGGAUCUGCCUGAUAGCAUUGGAGACUUGGAAUCUCUUGAGUCUCUUGAUCUCUCUGAUUGCUCAAAGUUUGAGAAAUUUCCGGAGAAGGGAGGGAACAUGAAAAGUUUAAAGCGGCUUUAUUUAAGAAAUACUGCUAUUAAGGAUCUGCCUGAUAGCAUUGGAGACUUGGAAUCUCUUGAGUCUCUUGAUCUCUCUGAGUGCUCAAAGUUUGAGAAGUUUCCGGCAAGUCUAGAAGAAAUAGACGCACACCAUUGCACAAGCAAGGAAGAUUUAUCAGGUCUGCUCUGGCUUUGCCACCGCAACUGGUUGAAAUCUACAGCAGAGGAGUUGAAAAGUUGGAAACUCAGUGCUCGUAUUCCAGAAAGUAGUGGAAUUCAAGAGUGGAGGAUAAGGUAUCAAAACUUGGGAAGUGAAGUAACAGCAAAGCUUCCAAUGAAUUGGUAUGAAGAUCCUGACUUCCUAGGAUUUUUUGUAUCAUGUGUUUAUCAGCCUAGUCAUAAAUCUACUCUCAAGUGUGAAUUGAAUUUACAUGGCAAUGGAUUUGAAUUCAAGGACAGAACCUGGUGUGACUGCUGGUGUGGGUCCCAUGGUAAUUUUAAAGAAUUGAUAGAUCAAGUAUGGGUUUGGUGGUAUCCUAAGAUUGCUAUUCCGAAAGAGCUCCGUAAAUCCACACAUAUUAAUGCUUCAUUUAAGAAUCCUGGGAUAAACAUAAAAAAAUGCGGCAUCAAUCUUAUAUUUGCGGGAGAUCAACGAAAUCAUAUGCCCAUGUUGGAGCAUCCUCAGAAUUCUGGUGACAAUGGAUCAGCAUCACAAGAUACCGAUGGUAAUGUUCAUGGGGCUAAUCAAGAUGAUGAACACUACCAUAUUCCAGCGAUGUUAGAUCUUCUCAGGAAUUUUGGUGACAAUGGAUCAGUAGUACUUGAAGACAAUGAUGGAAACCGUAAGAGAAGACGUGAUGAUUCGUUACCCGAUGUAGUGGAGGAGCCACAUUAAAAGAUUGGGAGCACCCAACAUCGAUCUCUCGCUUUGAACUCCAUCACUAGUAUCGAUCAAAACGAAAUCACAUGUGGUAGCUGCAAGUGGAGUUUAUCUUUUUUCCUAUCAACUUAUUGGUGGAAACCUAAGGACAAUGAGGAGAAGUUAAUCUCAAGAUACAAGUGAGAUUCCAAAUGUUGCUAAGGUGGUCUACUCUUACCAUCAUGACCAUCAAGAAAGAUGCUACAAUUUGUGUAUUGAAAGUGUGAAUUAGGAAUGUUAAAAAAUGAAAACUUGAAUUGAUAUAUGUUUUUGCCUAUAAGAUGUGUGGUUAUAGGCAAUUCUUAUGGGUAUGUAAUUGACCUUGAUGUUGCAUAUGAAGCAUAUCACCCUCUCUAUAUCUUCAAGCUAAUGGUUGGAGUUUGGAUAGUGAAAGACAAGUGUCAUAGAUUUAAGUAUUUUCAAAGGGCUCAUGUGGCACAUAGACAAUUCAAGUCUCUUGAAGUUGUUAAUUC